CCUUGUUGCUUAAGCUAGCCGAUCCCUUCAGAGCUUUGAAUAGCCGCAGCUGGCAGCAUGGUGGCCUUAGCCUACCAGGUGCUGUCGUACCCACACCUCGGCAUGGGUCUGGAGCUGGGCAGCGUCUAUACCACCGCAGAGCUCGAGCUCCGCUGCGCAUCCCCGAAACGGCGCGAGCAGCUUCACGCCAAGCUGAAGAAGCCGGAGCUCUUCAAGCCCGUGGCCCUUCAAGCGGCCUUGAGCAGGAAGCGCAAGGUGGUGGAGGACCAGCCCAAGUGGGUGCGACCGCCCAAGGUCAGGGGGGGCCGCAAGGUGGACGAGGAGGCGUCGAGGCGGCGGCGGAUCGCCGAUCAUUUGGCAGGAGAGCUGCAGCGCGAGGGUUCCGUGGGAGAUGAGGAGCUUCUUUUGGUGCUGAAAGCCUGGGCAGCGAAGGAGAACACGGCGCGGAAGAACGUCAUGCGUAAGGGCAAGGCUAAGCGCCCUGUCUUCAGCGACACGUUUGGCCUGGUGAGGUCCCGGCAAAGCAGGCAGCCCACCUUGGGAGCUUUGAGCCGUAAGUACCCCAACAUGACCAAGCUCCUUACAGCGUGGUGUCGCAGGACGUUGGGCAACUUCCCGUUCACCUCCAUCUCAGUGAACGUCAACUAUGCGGCUGCCAGGCACCGGGACAGAAACAAUGUGGGCCCCAGCGCCAUCAAAGCCUUCGGCCGCUACAGGGGCGGGCAGCUCUUGUAUUGGCCCAAAGAUGAGAGAUGCGGCGAUGUGAAGGACUUGCCCCGGCAGGAGUGCCAAGUGCUGAACGUGGAUCAGAAGCCCCACUACUUCGACGGAACAAAGGCGCAUGAGGUCAGACCCUUCAAAGGGGAGCGCUUCUCUGUAGUUUUUUUCACCGUGGGAAUGUACUCUGCCGUCUCUGCCAGCGUCAAAGAUGCCUCCGCCAAGCUCGGCUUUUGCAUGCCGACACCGGAGAGCAUAGAGGCAGCCAAGGCAACGGUGGCAUAGACUCAAAAGGUCGCGGAGAAUUAGAGCCCAGCUCUGCGAUGCCCAGCUGGCGCUGCAGAUGCGGCUAGGUGCACCUGAGAAGCCUCGGGCUUUGCUUCAGUGCAAGGGUGCAGUGAGGCACAAUGCCAUGCUUCGCCGAAGAUUGUAAGAUGUCCCACUGGAGAGGGUGUGGGAAGCGAGAUCG